AUGCUACAUACAGACAUCAUUAACACUUGUAAACGUGACCCUUUCUCUUUUCCUAUUGCCAUCAAGCUGUCCUUGCGCUGUAACCCUGCCCUCAAGCAGUCCUUACUCUCUCUCUCUCUCUGUUUCUCUCUCUCUCUCUCUCUUGUUUUCAACCUGUUCUUGUUCUGUGAUCUUGCCUUCAAAGUACGCCUACUCUGUCCAUCUUGUCUUCAACCUGUCCAUCAUUUGUUCCUUUGUCCUUCAAACACUGUUACCUUUAACCUCUCCUUGCCCAGUUACACUUGCCUACAAGCAGUCCUUGCUUUUUCCCUCUUGCCUUUAACCUGUUCUUGCUCUCCCCGUCUUGACUUCAACCUGUUCUUACUCUGUUCCUCUUGCUUUCAACCUGUUCUCGAUCUGGACCUCUUGCUUUCAAUCUGCCCGUAUUCUCUCCCUCUGGCCUUCAACCUAAUCAUAUUGCCUUCAAAUCAAUUUUUCGCUUCUCUCUUGCCUUCAUCCUCUCCUAGCUCUAGACCUCUUGUCUUCAACCUGUCUUUGUUCUGUCCAUCUGGCUUCAAACUGUCUCUCUUUCAUUCAACUUAUCCUUACUCUAUCCAUCUUGCCUUCAACCAGUCCUUACUCUGUCCCUCUGGUUUUCAACAUGUCCCUCUUGUCUUCAGCCUGUCCUUACUCUGUUCCUCUUGCUUUCAGCCUGUCCUUGCUCUGUAA